UUGUGUUCCGUGGUCGCGUCACGUGGUUCGGAGCGCGCGUGUUGAACAAAAAGUCUUUGAGGUAAAAUUACUAAAGAGAUAGUUCGUAUAAGUUAACUUAUUUUUAUGUGAGAUGAACUUGGUAGAAUACUUAAGAAAAAUACGAAACUUUUAAACAAAACAAAAGAACAGAAAGGAUUUCCCGAGGGGGAAAUCCCAGUUACGCAACAUGACAUAUAAAAACAGGAUUCGUUCUGGGAGGAUCACGUUCCACUUUGGUCAUACAGUUUGCUUGUAACUGGACACCCCGCUUGGCGUGUUGUUUGGGGGUUGCUUGUGUGUGUGCAUACGUGCCUGUGAGAUGGAUGCAUGGGAGACUCCAGAUUCUCUAUGCUCUACAACUGUUUUGAGGAGAUCAAACGUUGUAUGGCUUUAAGGAAUUGCCUUACCCUGGAAACAGUGGUUUAAAACGUUUUAGUGGGCUCAAUUUCUCAAUCAGUUAUCCUCAGUAGUCACAUGAUGGAAACAGAGGCAAAAAAUCUUGUCACACCCCUACAACUACAACUCGCCUCCCAUUUGCUGCUGCCUGUAGGCUACAUGAGAGCAUGAAAUAGAGUACAGCAAGAGGACAACAACGGGAUAUUGCAAUCAAAUUCGAAACUAAAUAAGUAGAAAAAUGAAUCCCAGCAAUCAGCCCGACGGUGCCUGGAAUUUGUCUGAGAAAUCAGGAAUGCUGCAGCCUACACAACCACCACCAGCAUACCAGGACAUUCCUGCUGGAUAUCCUCAAUCGUUCACAAGCCAGCCAGUGCCCCAGGGCCCCUAUGCCCAAGGGCCAUAUCCAGGGCAAUCCGUGGUCUCUGUGGUCGCCGUGCAGCCUACAGUGUUUGUGACCGCCGCUCCACUGGCCAAUCCAGUGCCAGAUUACCUGUGUUAUUCCAUCUUUACCAUGGUGUGCUGCUGCUUACCUCUGGGCAUCGCUGCACUGGUUUUCUCCUGCUCUACUCGGGAUGCUAACAUGUUUGGACAACAACCAGUAGCAAGAAGAAACUCCAGAAUGGCUCUCAUCCUUAACCAUGUCAGUGUUGCUGUUGGCAUCAUCCUCUGGUUAAGCUUUGUCAUCUAUAUGAUUAUUGUUGUCAUUGCAAUUAAAAACAUUUGAUAUAACAAUAACUAUAGACCAUACAGACCAUAAGUGUAAGAAAUAUCAUAGUAGGACACCAGAAAGCUAUAGAUGGUGAGGGAACAUGAACACAUGUUUUGAAUACACAGGCAUUGGGUGGUCUGCUUUUAGAUGUUAGUGUUUCUCAAGUUAUUGAUAUGAGAGCUGUAAGACUCCAAAUGCAUAAGGAGCUUAAUCUAUAGGGCCAGUGAGGAAUGAUUUGUAUAUUUCAUGCAACUCAUCUGCAUUAUUAUAACUUGCAUAAUUAAUACACGUUUUUUUAAAAGUUCAUUAUUGUAUUUUUAAAACAAUGAAAGCUUUGACUGUACAUGUAUCAUCAAUUAAAACAUUUAUUUUUCUUCUUA